UUCCCCCACCCUCAGCGAUGGCGUGCGGCCAAUUGACUAGCAGGUCCCUAAUCCACCAUUGACAAUUUGGCACGCCUUUAGAACUUCAGAAACACCCAAGCAACACAGAGCGACUGCUUCUCGUGCCCUAGCGUGCUCGCAGAGAAGCCCAGUUAGUUUCGUACGUCUGGGUUUGCACUUGCUCGCUAUUACGUCGACCAGCCCGAACAGCCUACCGUCAGUAGAUUCUCGUGCUCUCAUUAACCGUCUGUGCAUCUCGCGAAUCCCUCUUAGUGUCCGUCUUUGCCUUUGAACGGACUGGAAGCAGAGAAUAAUAGCGAAUAACAGCAGAGAAUUCUGGCGUGAGACGUUCGUAGACUCGCGUCGCCUUCCCAGAGUACCUCGGUAGCUCCGAGCUGAUUUUUUGAAUUUCUCGGUAGCUCCGAGCUGCGUUCAAGACAAUCGAACGCCAUGAAGUCUCCCGCUUUGCUGGAAGUCCACGUGGAUCAGCUAGAAGGGCUCGAUCUCAGCGCCCUUUGCGCCGCGAAUCACGUUAGCGGCGGCGUCUCGCUGUGCGUGAGGCUGACGGUUAGCGCGGGCAGCAGGUGCUUAGGCGUGGCGCAAACCAGGCCCGUAAAUCCCGGAACGAGCAGUUGCAUCGCGUUCAACGAGCUCCUUCAGAUCCCGGUUUUCGAACAGCACCUGGACAUACGCCUGGGAUUGGUUUCCGCAGGGCAGUCAACCGCUCUGCACCGCAUCGAUAGUCCGAUCAAGUAUCUCACCAGCGCCUUCCUCGCGGCGGCGCAGCUACCCACGUCAGCCCUCGCGUCAGCAUCGAUCGAUACCUGUCGCUGCGGCGGAGCUCUUCCUGCGACUUUAGGUGUGCAGUCGUCUCGUCGAGAAACUCCGACUGAAAGCUCCCUGGAGGAUCUAACGGGCCGUCAACGAACCGACGGCAACGAUUAUCGUCAACACCAGUCGCAGCAGUCGCAGCAGUCGCAGCAGUCGCAGCAGUCGCAGCAGUCGCAGCAGUCGCAGCAGUCGCAGCAGUCGCAGCAGUCGCAGCAGUCGCAGCAGUCGCAGCAGUCGCAGCAGCAGCCCCGUGAUGGGUUCUCCCUUCUCCUCACAUCCUCGUCCUCCCAUCCCUUAGCCAUUCUCCGCGUCUCCGCCGCCUUGCUCCCACUUGGCCUCUCCUGGCCCUUCCCCUGCGCCACCCGCGCAAACCCCUCUUGCGCCCUCCUCGAGCGGGGACUACCCACCGCAGCCGCCCCUUGUACUUCCGCGGAGAGAGUGGGUGGGAUGGGCGCAGUCGGCAAGUCUGCGCCUGGGGAACCCGCGCGACUUUCCGCGUAUCCUUCCGCUCAACCUUCCGCCCACCCUUGUUUGUCCGCCGAAUCCGCCCGUUUGAAUUUCCGCAAGCGAAAGUGCAAGUCCGGCCCGCUGCUCUUCCACGAUUACAACACCGCCACCGCCGCUACCGCCGUCGUAUGCGCUGAUCCGUCCGAUUUGACCGAAUCUGACAGGUCGGCUCUGCGUCUCUCCAAAUCCGGCCCACUGCCGUCUGCCGCCAUUCACGGCGCAUCCUGCGGCGUCGUCAACGGCGACCACGCAACCGGCUGGCCGUCUUGCAGAUUACAGUCGGAACAGACGCUUGACGGCGACGUAAGCGGCAAGGUCGACGGGUCUGCCGGCCGGUCCACGUCGUCGUCAGCUGCCCCGUCGCUCUUGGUCAGCCCGUUAGCGCUUUGGACGGCGCCGGACACGGCGCCAAUCGCGGCGUGGGCGUUUUCCGAGCCGCAGAACUGGCACAGGGCGCGGCAUCCAGCCGCCCUUUCGCUCGACAGCAGCAGGGGAGCCGCAGGCGGAACGGGCGCAAGAGCGGCGUAUCCGGGCGGAGCGUUUGCGAUGGAAGGAGGGGGGGCACGCGUGGGGGGUUUCGCAGGGUUGGCGGAGCCGCUUUGGCGACGAGGCUUUUCGCGAGGGAGCGGGGACGACGACGACGAUAACGACGCGGACGAAGUGUCGUCGACGUUUCGAGGCGACGGUUCGUUGUCGCAAGUACCUGAGUUCGCAAGCGCGGCCGCGGCAGGAGGUGUACUGGGCACGAGCGGAGGGCGCGCGCAGGUGUGUGCUUCCCCAGGGGGAAGCUCCCAGGUUCCGCGCAAGACGGGAGGCGGACAGGCGGAAACCGCGGACAUGGCGGUAGACUUCCUCCUCAACGAGCUGCUCGAUGCGCAGACGUUGGCGGAAUGCGCGGAGGGCGGGGGCGGCGCAGCGGGGGGCGGGAGCGGGGAUGGGGCAGAGGAGGGUCAGGGGGAGUUUUGCGGAGGAGAGGAGGAGGGGGAAGAUGAGUCGUGCGGAGGUUUCUGCUGCAGAGGGGGAGCACGGAGCGGCAGAUGCGCGCUUAGCGUGUCUCGCCUGUCGCUUCCAUGCGACUUCGACACAGAGGGCGAUUGUGAUGGCGACUGUGGCGACUGUGGCGACUGUGGCGACUGUGGCGACUGUGGCGACUGUGACGACUGUGACGACUGUGAUGGCGACUGUGAUGGCGACUAUGACGACGAGAAAUCAGGCGAGUGGGCGGAGGAAGGGAUGGAGAUGCACGAACAAGUACCCGAGAACCAUUGCCAGCAACAGCAGCAGCAGCAGCCGCAGCAGCAACAAGAAGAGCAACAACAUGUGAGCCAGGAGCAGCAGCAGCAGCACAUCUGGUACCAGUGGAGUGGGCCACUCCCUUGCUCCUCCCUGCCUGCUGAUGCAUAUAUCUUUUCCUCUGCUCACCUGUCCUCUUCACACUCUGCCCCUUUAACGGCUAUUGGACAACCUGUGCUUCCAGCUACACUUCCAGCAGCAGAGCUGGCAACACAAGCGCCAGUAGCAGGGGCAGCAGCAAACGAGGCAGCAGCAGCAGUGGACUAUUCUCUAGCUUCUCGGUGCGCCUCACAAGCAUCUGUGCCGGCAGUUCCGUUUCCUUCCGUGGGAGAUGAGCACGUAGGGCAAGGGCACAUGGUUCCAGGGCACAUGACGGUGAUGUGCUGCGGAGGGCAUGCGUUGCAGCUAGCGUGAUGCGGUCUAGCCCAUGGGCACGGAGCAGAAAGCGGAAGAGCUUUGGAAGGGGAUGCAGGAGAAGUGGCGAAGCAUGGUGUUGGGCAGGUUGAGAGGUGUAGGAGUGGAUGGUACAGCUGCUGGUAUGUGAUGUGAGUGCUGCAAUCCCUGUUGCGGCACGUUGAGAGUUAUGAAGGUGCCUCUUCGUGGGAGGUAUUCCUCAUGGAAUAGACUGUUUUGUUACAAAGCUGUGCUGGAUCCAACUAUUUGUUGGAGACCAAGAGUUUACAUUACUUUGAAGUGCUUGGCACACACCUCGAAUCAGCAUCACCUUGUGAUAGUGUGCACUGGUGUCCAGGAAUGACACUAAGUGUGAUGUGCCCAUUAAAUUGAUCAUUUGUGA